AUGGCACCCUCAGCAUCCGAAACGCUCUCUCCUUCCGCUUUCUUCACCACCCUUCUUCACCUGGUCAACCUCGAGCAAGAUUCCGAGGUCGCCGAGACCUCCCUCCUGCUCUCAUCCACGCCGCCCACGACUCUUUCCCGAGCCGGGCUCGCGAUCCUCAACCUCUCAGUCCACUCUCUGAAGACCGGGCUCGGGGGACGCAGUGUGGUGGAGCUCGGUCUCGAUCCCGCGGUCAUCAGCAAGGAUUCCAGAGGUGAGUUGCCAGAGCACGGGAUCCGGACGGGGGAUAUCGUGCGCGUUGGAGAGAUCCCGAAAGGCACGGCGAGGAAGAAGGAAGCCGCUGAGCUCAAGGGAAAGGGCGUUGAGGGCGUGGUGGUCCGGGUUGGGCAGAGGGCUGUGUGGGUUGCGCUGGGCAAGGAGGGUGGAGGGGGCGACAAUGUCGAAGAGGUCCCGGACGGAAAACUGUGGCUGGUCAAACUGGCAAACGAUGUCACUUACAGGAGAAUGAACCAGACCCUUACUAGGCUACUCAAAGCGCCCGAGUCGUCAUACACAACGCUGCAGCGUGUGCUCUUAGGGCUUUCUUCUCCAGGCACAGCUGACUCGUCUCAUUCGGACAAGUUCGAUUUCUUCGACUCGACAUUGAACCCCUCCCAACAAGAUGCCGUCCGUUUCGCCCUCGGCGCACCGGAGAUAGCUCUCAUUCACGGUCCUCCUGGAACAGGGAAGACAUACACACUGAUCGAACUCAUCCUGCAGCUUCUCAAGCGUAAGCAACGUGUGUUGGUGUGCGGACCCAGUAACAUCAGUGUGGACAACAUCGUCGAACGUCUUUCCUUGACCUCCCCAAGUACACCAAUUGUCCGCCUAGGUCAUCCGGCUCGCCUCUUGCCCAGUGUUUUGAACCACUCGCUCGAGGUGUUGACGCGGACGAGCGAAGCUGCGGGGAUUGUAAGCGAUGUGCGCAAGGAGAUGGAUACAAAGCAAGCUUCUAUCCGGAAGACUCGCAACGCACGCGAACGGCGCGCAAUUUACGCCGACUUGAAAGACUUGAGGAAAGAGUACCGGGAGAGGGAAGGGAAGUGUAUAGAUGGACUUGUGACGAGCAGCAAAGUCGUGCUGUCGACACUGCACGGUGCUGGAAGCCACCAAAUCCGCAAUCAAGCCUUCGACGUCGUGGUAAUUGACGAAGCCAGCCAGGCUCUCGAGCCGCAAUGCUGGAUCCCGCUGGUCUUCGGAGGAGCAAACGUGAGAAAGCUGGUCUUAGCGGGUGAUCAUCUACAGUUGCCGCCAACGGUCAAGAGCGCAGAUAACAAAGACAACAAGGAGGAGAAGAAAGCAAGGAUCAAAACUCUGGAGGAAGAACUGGCAAAGUUGUCUGUCAAGGAUCAAGAACUAAAGGCAGCGAAAAGUUGGUCCUUGGAAACAACAAUGUUUGACAGACUCUUGGCCAGACAUGGACCUGGGAUCAAGAGGCUGCUCAAUACGCAGUACCGAAUGCAUGAAAAGAUAAUGCGGUUUCCCAGCGAUGAGUUGUAUGAGGGAAAGCUUGUCGCCGCCGAUGCCGUCAAGUCCCGACUGCUGAGAGAUCUGCCGUACGAAGUACAAGAGACAGAAGAUACCAUCGAACCACUUGUAUUUUUCGACACGCAAGGAGGUGACUUUCCGGAGAAGGCUGAAGACGACGCGAGUGGCCAGGUUAAAAAAUCGACCCUGCUGGGGGACAGUAAGUGCAACGAAAUGGAAGCGGCUGUGGCUGCCAUGCAUGUAAAGAAUCUGGUCGAGGCUGGGGUUAGGGACGAAGACAUAGCGGUCGUCACACCCUACAACGCCCAGCUCGCUCUUCUGAGCUCGUUGCUCAAGGAGAAGUUCCCAAACCUCGAAUUGGGUAGUGUGGACGGUUUCCAAGGCCGAGAGAAGGAAGCCAUCAUUGUCAGUCUGGUCAGAAGCAACGCUGAAAAGGAAGUGGGCUUCUUGGGAGAGAAAAGGAGGUUGAACGUUGCAAUGACCCGACCGAAACGCCAUUUGUGCGUGAUUGGCGAUUCAGAGACGGUUUCUCGAGGUAGUCCUUUUUUGAAGAAGUGGAUGAAAUUCUUGGAGGACCAUGCCGACCUGAGAUAUCCAAACAUCGAGGAUUUGGAACUCGGGUAG